UCAGUUCCAGGACCUCCUUCCUGUGUCUCCUCUUCUGUGGCGUAAGGCCCCGGUCCAACCAUGGGGAAGCAAAACAGCAAGCUGCGUCCAGAAAUGCUCCAAGACCUCCGGGAGAACACGGAGUUCUCAGACCUGGAGCUCCAGGAGUGGUACAAAGGCUUCCUCAAGGACUGUCCCACCGGCAUCCUCAACGUGGAGGAGUUCAAGAAGAUCUACGCCAACUUCUUCCCUUACGGCGACGCCUCCAAGUUCGCCGAGCACGUCUUCCGCACCUUCGACACCAAUGGCGACGGCACCAUCGACUUCCGAGAGUUCAUCAUCGCCCUGAGCGUCACUUCGCGGGGGAAGCUGGAGCAGAAGCUGAUGUGGGCGUUCAGCAUGUAUGACCUGGAUGGGAACGGCUACAUCAGCCGGGAGGAGAUGCUAGAAAUUGUGCAGGCCAUCUACAAAAUGGUCUCGUCGGUGAUGAAGAUGCCAGAGGAUGAGUCAACUCCUGAGAAACGGACAGAAAAAAUCUUCCGGCAGAUGGAUACCAAUAAUGACGGCAAACUGUCUCUGGAAGAGUUCAUCAAAGGUGCCAAGAGCGACCCUUCCAUCGUGAGGCUGCUGCAGUGUGACCCCAGCAGCGCCUCGCAGUUCUGAGCACCUCCCUCCCCGUGCAGCGGACAGCGGGGCGAAGCAGCCGCCCACCACGGCGAUGCCACCACCACCACCACCACUUUAUGGGGCGCAUGAUCUCUCCGCCCCAGGGAGGCGGCCAGCGCCCCAGUGUCCUCUGUGGGGAAAACGGACCUGUUCCCAACGAAGCCAC